GGUGAAGGAUAUACUUCAAAAGUUGGAAAAGAUUUUCUUUAGGCUCCUGUUAAAAAGACUAGGGUGUACUGGCAUCUGUUUUUACGAUCACACAAUUGGCAAAUACAAGAAAGUAAUUGCUUUAUUGAGGACCCAUAUUUUUGUCAAAGGGAAAUUCUACCAUUCAGUUUGGAGUAUGCAUAGGAUAUCAACAAGAAAAAGCAGAAGUCGGGAGAACCACACAUGCAUUCAUCCAGAAAAAAAGCAAAAUACCUUCUCAAGUUUAAAAACACUAAUGAAACAAUCAAGUGGUACUACGAUUAUCAAGAGUUUUGGUGGGAUGAAUAAGAUCCCUCCACUGAUAAGAUCGGGCUCGAGCCGUGAGAAUGGAAAAAUUCAUGAGUGGAAGCGCUUGUUCCUUUAAUAAACUUUACACGGCGCAAAGUCUGGACCCGAAGCGAGUACCUUACACCAGGUUGGUUAUAUAUGUCCGGUAUCUGAAUAAAGAAAACCCCGCGUUGAAUUGAAGGUUUUUGAGGCACAAGAAAAGAGAAAUAUGCCAAGCAAGUUAAAGAAGGCAAUUGGUGCAGUAAAAGAUCAAACAAGCAUUAGCCUUGCAAAAGUUGCAAGCAACACUUCCUCAACACUUGAAGUCUCUGUCCUAAAAGCCACAACACAUGAUGAUGUACCUAUCGAUGAUCGAUACGUUCAAGAAGUCAUCAAACUCGUCUCCUCCAACAAAGCCUACGCGGCUGCAUGUGCUCGUGCCAUUGGCAAACGCAUUGGUAGAACGAGGAAUUGGAUUGUUGCCCUAAAAUCACUAAUGCUUGUCCUAAGAAUUUUCCAAGAUGGUGAUCCUUAUUUCCCUCGAGAAGUCCUUCAUGCUAUGAAACGCGGAGCCAAGAUUCUCAACCUUUCUAGCUUUCGUGAUGAUUCAAAUUCUAGUCCUUGGGAUUUCACAGCAUUCGUUCGUACGUUUGCUCUCUAUCUUGACGAGCGUUUGGAUUGUUUUCUUACUGGAAAGCUUCAAAGAAGAUACAAUAAUCGCGAACGAGAAAAUUCUAGCAGCAAUUAUAGGACUACUAGUUAUAGUAGUCGAAGAAGGGGUGAUGAGCCCGUUCGUGACAUGAAACCAGUAAUGCUGCUUGACAAGAUCUCGUAUUGGCAACGAUUGAUUGAAAGAGCAAUUGCUACAAGGCCAACAGGGGCAGCUAAGACGAAUCGUCUUGUACAAAUCGCUUUGUAUGCUGUUGUCACAGAGAGUUUUGAUCUUUACAAGGAUAUCUCAGACGGGCUCGCGCUUGUUCUUGAUAGUUUCUUCCAUUUACCAUAUCAAUCGUGUGUAAACGCCUUCCAAACAUGUGUCAAAGCUGCUAAACAGUUCGAGGAGAUUAGUGCUUUUUACUCCGUGUGUAAAAGCAUAGGAGUUGGCAGGACAUCGGAAUAUCCAAGCGUGCAAACUAUCUCAGAGGAGUUGAUCGAAACAUUGCAAGAAUUUCUCAAGGAUCAAUCUUCAUUUCCAGCACAUACACAGAACAAGCAGCAUUUGCUUCUUCCGGGUCCCGGUGGUGGUUCCACAAGGACCACGAGCAGCAAACGCAACAGUUAUGGUGGACAAUCCGAAUUUUCUAUGGCCACAGAAACGACAGAGCCAUACUCGGAAAUGAGUACUAAUUCUCGUGUAGAAUCGCGUUGCACGUCAUUAGAAGAUCUAAUAAGUGCAACCGAGAUAUGGAAAAGUCCAGCCAAUAUUUCGAUUGAUUUGGAGGCCUAUUCGGAUAUUCAAUUCGAGAAGCAGUUGGACGAUACGGGGUCCACUCAUUCAUUGCCUGUUUCGAAUUCCAUGGCUGAUCUUGUAUCCUUACCGGAUUGGCAAGGAUACGAUGAAGACGACGAGAAAAAACAAGAAGAAGAAAAGCAACAAAAACAGGAAUUACCGAAAGACAAAGAAGCUGAACUUGAACAGCAACAACAACAUAAACAGAAUCCAUCAUUAGAUUCUACUAGUUCAGCCAAAGGAUGGGAACUCGUGUUAACCGAGGCGAUCCCUUCAACGUCUUUCAAUGCGUUCCCUGAGCAACCAAAACCGAAUCUCCUGCCAUCAGCAUCUUUCAACGCGUUUCCAGAACAAGGACAAGAAAAUGUGCAAACAAAUGAAUCAUCAGAAGAGGUUUCUUCAAGCAAUGGAUGGGAAUUGGUACUGUUCGAAAACAUGCCACAAGCACAAUCGACACAACCCGUGCCUAGUACCACCGCGAACAACAACUUUAGCAGCUUUAGUUUCCCCAAUUUGGACGAACUGUAUAACCAGAAUCAAAUGCCAUUUUAUCCGAAUAAUGGCGUAAACUCACAAUUCGCCCCUAGUACAAACAACUUUUUGUAUGAUCAAAAUAUGUCCAUGAACUUGCCACCUCCAAAUAAUGAGCUAAAUGCAUUGCCAGCACCUCAACACUACAAUCCAUUUUUACAAGACACAUCAAUGGAGCUAGCCAUGGUACCCGUCACGGGUCCCACCACGUACCCGACUAUGACCACGAGUUCUUCGUUUAAAUUUCCGACGUCUGCUGACACGUUCUCGUCAUCAGCACCAGCACCUACAUUUCAAGCAACUCCAACUUUUAGUGCUCAGAAUAACACUACGGGGGCAGAGCAAAGUACUAAUGUGGACGACCCAUUCGCGACGUUUUCAAGUAGUGAUCAGAUGUUUACUAAUGGCAUCACGAAUGAACAGAAUUUGUUGCAAGAACAACAGUUAUGGUUGCAGAACCAAAACAAAAUCAUAGCGAAACAUAGGGCUUGAUUUAUUAUAUACGUGUGCAAAAUGAAUAAAUCUUGUUGUUGUGUUUACAAAAUUGGUUGUGUUAAUUCUUCUUUCCCUUCCAGUAUGACUACAUUAAUUGCAUGAUUUUUCGAUCAGCUUUCUCUGUGUU